AUGGCCUCAUCUCCCGCCCCCGCCCCCGCCUGCAACCUCCCAGCCGCCAACAUCGCCGUCGACGCCUCGCUCGAGGUAGACUCGCAAGCCGGCGACUCAGGGUACGAAGACCACGCGAGCAGCAGCGACUUCGGUUCCGAAGCCACAUCCAUCAGCUCAUCGAUCCUCAACUACGAGUACGAGAACGGACGGCGGUACCACGCGUUCCGCGCGGGACAGUAUGCGAUCCCCAACGACGAGGCCGAGCAGGACCGCCUCGACAUGAUGCAUCACAUCUACUCGCUGCUUCUGGCCGGGAACCUCCAUCUCGCCCCGCUGAAGGAGCCAAAGAGGAUCCUCGAUAUUGGCACCGGCACCGGGAUUUGGGCUAUUGAUAUGGCUGACGCGUACCGAGGCGCAAAAGUAUUCGGGACCGAUCUCUCCCCCAUCCAGCCGGGGUGGGUCCCUCCCAACGUCGAGUUCUUCGUCGACGACGCGGAGUCGGACUGGACGUUCGAGUCGAAGUUCGACUACAUCCACGUGCGGGGGAUGGCAGGGUCGAUCCAGGACUGGCCGCGGCUCAUCAACCAAGCGUACCAAGCGCUGCGGCCCGGCGGGUACUUCGAGAUCCUCGAGGGCCCCCGCUUCGAUCUCACUAGCGACGAUGGCACGUAUAAUAAGGACACGGCGCUGUGGAGGUUCUAUGAGCUCGCCAAUAAGGCGUCCAAGACCGUGGAGAGGAGCUUUAGCCUCGAUUGCGACUUUGCGAAGGAGUUUAAGGACGCUGGGUUCGAUGAUUUUAAUGUCACCAUCAAGAACUUGCCCCUGGGCACGUGGCCGGCGGAUAAGAAGAUGAAGGAGCUGGGGCAGUGGAUGACGGUGAUGGUUAACACCGGUUUUGAAGCAUACGGCCUCGGCCUCCUCACCCGGGUUUUGGGCAUGGACGUUGAUGAGGCGAAGCAGCUAUUUGUCGACUGUGCGCAGGAGGUGCGAGAUCGGUCCGUACAUGGGUACUUCCAUAUGCACAUAAUGAUCGGAAGGAAGGCACCGGAGGAGGAGGACUGCUGAGGGAAGUGAGCUUGCAGGCGGGGAUUAUGGCUCGUGGUGGUGACCAAGGCAUUGCGUGUCGAACGUUCAGAGUGAAAUAUGUUCUUGUAUAUAUGAUCCUGAGGCCCUUCGUGGCUGUCCAUAACGAACACUUUUCAAUCUUCAUGUCGGAGCUAAACAGUUAUCG